AUGGUGCCCCGCGGGAGCCGGGGCUCCGCGCCGCCGCCGCCGCCGCAACCGUCUCCUCCACCUCCCCGGGCCGGGCGCCGCUCAGCGUCCGGCCCCUUCCGCGGCCGCUGCACCGCCCAUAGCCCUCCGUCACCCUCUCAGCAACCACCACCCCCUACUACAGCUCCCCAGCCUGUCACCACCCAUAGCCCCUCCAUCACCCUCUCACCACCCCCUACAGCCGAUAGCCCCCCGUCACCCUCUCAGCAACCACCACCCGCUACUACAGCUCCCCAGCCUGUCACCACCCAUAGCCCCUCCAUCACCCUCUCACCACCCCCUACAGCCGAUAGCCCUCCGUCACCCUCUCAGCAACCACCACCCCCUACUACAGCUCCCCAGCCUGUCACCACCCAUAGCCCCUCCAUCACCCUCUCACCACCCCCUACAGCCGAUAGCCCUCCGUCACCCUCUCAGCAACCACCACCCCCUACUACAGCUCCCCAGCCUGUCACCGCCCAUAGCCCCUCCAUCACCCUCUCACCACCCCCUACAGCCGAUAGCCCUCCGUCACCCUCUCAGCAACCACCACCCGCUACUACAGCUCCCCAGCCUGUCACCGUCUCACCACCCCCUACUACAGCUCCCCAGCCUGUCACCACCCAUAGCCCCUCCAUCACCCUCUCACCACCCCCUACAGCCGAUAGCCCUCCGUCACCCUCUCAGCAACCACCACCCCCUACUACAGCUCCCCAGCCUGUCACCACCCAUAGCCCCUCCAUCACCCUCUCACCACCCCCUACAGCCGAUAGCCCUCCGUCACCCUCUCAGCAACCACCACCCCUUACUACAGCUCCCCAGCCUGUCACCAUCCAUAGCCCCUCCAUCACCCUCUCACCACCCCCUACAGCCCAUAGCCCUCCGUCACCCUCUCAGCAACCACCACCCCCUACUACAGCUCCCCAGCCUGUCACCACCCAUAGCCCCUCCAUCACCCUCUCACCACCCCCUACAGCCGAUAGCCCCCCGUCACCCUCUCAGCAACCACCACCCGCUACUACAGCUCCCCAGCCUGUCACCGUCUCACCACCCCCUACUACAGCUCCCCAGCCUCUCCCCAGCCUGUCACCACCCAUAGCCCCUCCAUCACCCCCUACAGCCGAUAGCCCUCCGUCACCCUCUCAGCAACCACCACCCCCUACUACAGCUCCCCAGCCUGUCACCACCCAUAGCCCCUCCAUCACCCUCUCACCACCCCCUACAGCCGAUAGCCCCCCGUCACCUUCUCAGCAACCACCACCCCCUACUACAGCUCCCCAGCCUGUCACCACCCAUAGCCCCUCCAUCACCCUCUCACCAUCCCCUACAGCCGAUAGCCCUCCGUCACCCUCUCAGCAACCACCACCCCCUACUACAGCUCCCCAGCCUGUCACCACCCAUAGCCCCUCCAUCACCCUCUCACCACCCCCUACAGCCGAUAGCCCUCCGUCACCCUCUCAGCAACCACCACCCCCUACUACAGCUCCCCAGCCUGUCACCACCCAUAGCCCCUCCAUCACCCUCUCACCACCCCCUACAGCCGAUAGCCCCCCGUCACCUUCUCAGCAACCACCACCCUCUACUACAGCUCCCCAGCCUGUCACCGUCUCACCACCCCCUACUACAGCUCCCCAGCCUGUCACCACCCAUAGCCCCUCCAUCACCCUCUCACCAACCCCUACAGCCGAUAGCCCCGCGUCACCUUCUCAGCAACCACCAUCCUCUACUACAGCUCCCCAGCCUGUCACCGUCUCACCACCCUCUACUACAGCUCCCCAGCCUGUCACCACCCAUAGCCCCUCCAUCACCUUCUCACCACCCCCUACAGCCGAUAGCCCCGCGUCACCUUCUCAGCAACCACCACCCUCUACUACAGCUCCCCAGCCUGUCACCGUCUCACCACUCUCUACUACAGCUCCCCAGCCUGUCACCGUCUCACCACCCUCUACUACAGCUCCCCAGCCCAUCACCACCCAUAGCCCCUCCAUCACCCUCUCACCACCCCCUACAGCUCCCCAGCCUGUCACCGUCUCACCACCCCCUACUACAGCUCCCCAGCCCAUCACCAUCCAUAGCCUCUCCAUCACCCUCUCACCAACCCCUAUAGCUCCCCAGCACCACCCACAGCCCCCCAUACUCUUCUGCCUGCCACCACCCAGAGACCCCCCCAAACCGCAACACCCAGAGGCCCCUGCAGUACCCACAGCAGACUAA